CAAUGGGAAACGGCCACCAUGUCAGUGUGCCUGAGUGACACCUGGGAAUCCGACAGGUGCCAACCGGGCCGCAUGCUGGCAGACGGUGCGGUUGGCCAUGCCCCCGGCUUGCGGACACCCCCUCCCACGCUCCGCAGGGGGGUAAAGUGGGCGAUACCCCGGCUAUGGACACAGAAAUGGUAUCCUAACAUUGUGACAGCCAUACUGCUUUCAAGUGUCCUUGUUUUUAUGUUCCCGCACCUUGGAAUAUUCCAUAGUCAACCUGAAUCAAUCACAGACUGUAUGCUAAAACAGGUACAAAAUCCAGAAGAGGUUCAAUAUAUUGAGAAGAGAUUGCCACUAGUAUACAAAAUUCGGGAGCAGAAAGCAGUAAAAAAUCACUUUCCAUUUUCAACCCAUGACAACAGGCAUUGUUUACAGAAUGUGGGAGAGUACUUUGAUUUUAGCCUAGGACGAAAGAAGGUUGAACCAGAAAGAAGGCAACAGAAUUCACAAAACUUCUGUCUGUGGGCACAUGAGUACAUUCCUAACAGUCAUGAUGGUUUUACCAUUUAUCAAACAUCAUUCAUAGGUGAUCAAGAUACCAAGCGUCCUUUUUGUAGACGAUAUCCAAAACAGCACUUAGAAAGGUGCUACAUUUAUAAAUCUAUUCCUGAGAAUGAAAAACACAUGUAGUCAAACCACCAUGUUAAUUGCAGGACUCCUUAUUUAGUAUUAAUUAUUUAGUAUUAUUUACUCCUUAUUUAUCAAUAUCCUUUCUCUGGGUCUGAACCACUCUUACUCAUCAAAUACAUGAUGGAAUAAAUAAAUAAAUAAAUCUGUGUAAAAUGGA